AUGAUCAAUACUCCUUCCGACCUUGCCGCUAUCCGUGCAACUCUUAGUGAAAACACGCUUCCUCGCGAGUUCGCUAUUCAGGUUAGAGUACUGCUCACUUUGGCGGGGUUUACCAAUGUCCUUGUACAUAAUGCGAACGACGGCGUAGUCGAUUCUUCGGUCAUUCAGCUUCUUGACGGCGAGCUAGAUACACUAAAAAUAACUUUUCCUGAUGGAUGGACAAGCAUGACUGACCUUGGUGUCCUGGUCGUGAAAAUGCACGUUUACACUCUGGUGAUAACCCGAGCCCGAUCAGGUACCGGUGCGAAGGAAAUAUUACUCAAAUUAGGGCUAGCCACCGCUCUUCGAAUCAUUCACCUAGCGAACUCGCGGUUCCAUGAGAGGCUAGAUAAGAAUCAAACGUUGACAGCAGCGCAACGCGAAAAGACGCUACCCAAAGAUUAUUAUAGGGGUCUCGCUUUUGCGACUAUAUUUCUCCUCCGAUACUUUAGUCUCAAUAAUAAUGCCAACGCCGAAGAACAACAGUUAGCAGCAAACCAUGUCAUUAUGGCUCACACGAUAUUCAAAACACUAGCUACACGUCAUCGAGAUGAAUAUGAUAGGGCUGCUAGUCUAUUCGAAACCCUCUGCAAGCAAGCACCCGUUUCUGCCGAUACUAGCAGGCCCAAUCUUCCAGAUCGAAUGGGGGUAUCAAUAGUACUAGACGCAAUCGAUACAGCCCGUGAGCUACGCGGCUUUCCUCUAAAUCCUUCGGUACCUGAGAUCGCAGUUACUACGGAAGCUCUACCCAGCGAGAACAACAUCCCACAAGCAGACGUCUUCGCUACUAACCCUCAGGUGGAGGAACCCUGGUCGUCUGAUCUCGCCUUCGCUAACAUGUUUUGGGGGGAUCCUUCGUGGGAUAUUUUCAAUCUUCCUACUGACACAUCACAGUUCCAUUCAGGACAUGGGUUAUAG